AUGGGGAGUGAUAAGGAUUUGAAGGUUCUGUUCCAUUAUCGUUGGCAGUUUCCCGAGGUCAGGAUACCUGAGCUGUUGGCAAAGCUUGUAGAUGGGGUCUCUAGCUCAGGUGGUUCAAACCGGAAUACACAAACUCUAGCAACGGCAGCCUGUUCUAGUUCGAGACCUGUUGUUGCAUCUUCAUCCGUGCCUGUGAUUGCACCUGUGGAAAUGGGCGCCGAUUCAUUACAGCGUGGGGUACCGAAUAGUAUAGACGAUGCAUUGCCAGAUGAUGAUGACGCUGAUGAUGUGGAGCCGAAUAUCAUUGUCGAUGAUAGUGUUGAUGACAUAGCAGCGAGUAAUCCAGCUAGGGAUAGUGGAGUGUCCAGCUCAGGGACUCAGCAGUACCCCCUGCACUUUUCAUCUUUGGACUUGGAUACCAUGAGACAGCUGGAGAUUGAUGGCAAACUUAUUGGAUUUGAUACUCAAGGUACCGGAGGUUUAUCAGAGUUUCAGUACAAAGUGGUGGAGUCCGAUUAUCGCAAGUACCUUGGGAAGUGUACGGAAUUUGACAACAGGUGCACAUGGUUGAUUAGGAUCAGUCUCCGCCAACGUAGGGAUAUUUGGGAGGUAAAACGGUACAAUGGACCUCAUACUUGUCUGGCCACGUCGAUCUCGAGCGAUCACAAGAGUCUGGAUUAUCAUGUGAUCUCGACAUUCAUGUUGCCAAUGGUUAAAGUUGAUGCCGCUGUUUGUAUCAAGAUGAUGAUAUCUGGUAGUGUUGCAAUGUUGAAGACGAGUCCUGUGCGAGUGGGUAGGCAGGUGGAUGACUCGCAAGCCUAUUUUCAUCGGCUUUUUUGGAAAUUUCCACUAUGUUUUGAGGCAUUCCGACAUUGCAAGUCGUUAGUCAGUAUCGACGGGACCCAUCUGUACGGCAAACGGGGUGAGAAUGUUAAGUCUUGGUCAUUUUUCCUAUCCCACCGCCGCCAACACGUGACUCCGCAGCUAAGUACUUUGGUGAUAUCAGAUCGACACAACGGUAUCAAGGCGGCACUUAAGGCUCCCGACGGAGGUUUGCUACCACCUGUUGUAUACCGUGCAUUCUGUAUUCGACAUGUGGCUGUAAAUUUUGCCCUAACUUUUAAGGGUAAGGAUGCACAGAGGCUUCUGGUGAAUGCGGCGUAUGCUAAGACUGAGGUUGAAUUUGAUUACUAG